AUGAUAGCUUGUGAACAGGGACAUAUAGAAAUAGUAAAGUUGUUAGAUAAAGACACAUAUUCUAAUAAAUGUGAGAAGAUAAGUCAAUCACAUAUAUUGCAGGCAUGUGAUAAUGGUCAUGCAGAAGUAAUAUCAAUGUUAUUAGAAAGAGGUGCAGACAAGAAUUUAUUCGAUUAUAAGGGUGGGUCUCUUUUAAUGAAGGCUUGUGAGCUCGGACAUGAAGACAUAGUAAAGGUGUUGCUAGAAAGAGGGGUAGACUAUAAUAGAUGUGACUCUAAGGGUCAAUCAUCUUUAAAUAUUGCUACUAGAAAAGGUUACAAAGAUAUAGUUGAUAUUAUUAAUCAACAUUCAAGUCAGACAAAAAUGGUUAAAUAA